AUGCCGUCUGGAUCAGUCCGCAUAUUCGCCGGCGCCGUCUUGUGCGCUUGGGUAGCUAAUGUUGCUGCCACUCCAAAACCAAACGCAUGUCAUGCUAACAAUUGCUUGAGGGCAUUGAGAAGGCUAGCGAGUAAAAGUUAUGAUCGGGUUUCCGCUGAUUGCUCAAAAUACGUUUGGACAACAAUGACAGAGGCCGCUCCAGCCACUGUAACCGAAAUAUCGACUGUGACCGAAGUCGAAAUCACAGAAGCCAUCGAAACUAUCACGGAGACCUCUUACGAAAUCGUCACAUCAACUGCAGCCGCUAGUACAAUCCUCGUUACCGAGACGAACCCGGAUCCACAUGCUGCAGUUACCGCCCGAGACCUUGAUCCCCGUAACUGUGCAUCGACAGUAAGCCCAAUUCCAACAUAUGCUUCUGCCUGCACAAGCGCUGCAGGCUAUGCUAGCGCCUGUUCAUGCUUUGGAGUACCAGCAAGCGUUUCUACUGUUGCUCCACCAGCCGCGACAAUAGUAGAAGAGAUUACCACAACAAUCACCACGGUAUCCUCAGCAGUAGUCCACUCUACCACCACCGAGACCUCGACAUCAGCCGUUGGUGGAGUCGUCGAGUACGCUGCGUUUUCUCUCGCCGUCACCGAGACCGGUCCAAACUUUCCUCACGAGUGGAACCAGCCUGGAGAAACUAAAUUAUACAUAAACAGUGAUUCUGUAUGGCGAGUUAGAAGCACUCCUGGGACAUCAAUGAUCCUCCAGGACGAUAGGAGAAUGUAUGUACCAUAUCAUGGCAAAAGAGCUUACUAUUAUUGUCGACAAGCAUACGACGACUGGACCGAACAGGAUCUCCCGGGAGCCAUGUCUUUUUCGCCUUCACCACCUGGGUCUUUUUUCUCCCUAGGCCAGGAUGUCACUUGUAGUUGGGGCGAGGAUAAAAUCAUUAAGUGUACGUCGCUAAGCAGUGUCAAGCAAACUCAGUGCCCGAUGGAACGGGCUGCACGGGUUGGAUCGAUCCUAAUGAUGCGCCAGUUUGGACUCAGUGGAAGAAGAAGCGUUCUUUGA